ACGCAUCCUACGCACUGACGUCACACUCGGCCCCUGCGGUCCGUGGGGUUGGUGACGUUCCCGGGAACGACGUCGCGCGUUUGCGGUUUUUCCUUCACGCAUUAAUCCUGGCAAUAAAACAUAAACAGAACAGGAGAGGACAGAUACAAAGAGAACGCCCCUCCAGUCUUCCAGCCCCGUGCCAUGUCUUUGGAGAAGGCCUCGGACCUAGCCAAUGAGAACACCUGCCUGACUUCCACCUCUACGAUCGUUCACGACCCGUGCAUCCCAGACAGCGUGUUGAUUGACGCCGAGUUGGGCAAGAAGAGCAGGACCAAAGGUUCCACUUCAUUGUCAUCUUCUUCAUCCUCCUCAUCUAAGAACCGCUGUAUCUACGCCUCUUCAACAGCUGCAGACCUUCUUAACGGCACAAUGGUGGGCAUAGAUGAUGAGGGGUCUGACCAGCGCCGGGAGAGUGAGCGUGGCAGGAAUCAGGAGAAUGAACAGAGCCAUCGACCAGGCAUGGAGCCCAACAACAGCGGUAGCAAUGCGAAAUGGGUCAAAGACGGCCGAAACCAGCAGCGCAAGGUCGCUGAGAAUCAGCAGGACCAAAACCGCAAUCCUAGUCAAAAUCAAAACCGUAACCAGAGCCCUGAAAGGAACCCCAAUCAGAACCUGCUGGCAAAGGAGGAGGUCCGUGAGGGGAAGACACUAAGGUCUCUCUGCUCUGACCUGGAGCUUGAGGCCAUGAAUGCUGCCAAUGAACCGCUGCUCAUUGACACCACAGGACUGCCUCUGGGGAAGGAGGAAAUCAAAAAGGAAGACAAGAAGGAAGAAGAGGAAGGGGAGGAGGAGGCUCUGGCCCCAGCUGGUGGGGAUAAGGACACUGACUCCUCAUCAGAGACGCAAAGUAACAGCGAGUCACGGAAGGAGAGUGGUGGUGGGAGCAGGAGUGCCCACUUACUCUUCCAUGGCAGAAACGGUGAUCCCACUGAUGAGGACUCCAGCUGGGCCUCACUCUCCCAGGGCAGCACAGCCAACAGCACCCCAGAUGGAGAAACAGAAUCCUACUGGGACCGCAGUGGCUUUGAGACGGAUACAGACCUGCCAGCAGGCUGGAUGCGGGUGCGGGAUACUUCAGGCACCUAUUACUGGCACAUCCCUACAGGCACCACCCAGUGGGAGCCACCAUCACCCCUGGAGGAGGGCAGCACCUCCGAGAGACCGUCCAGCACAUCCCCAGGGAUCACGCCCACAGAGGAGCCACAGCUCACGUGGAGCGGCCUGUCUCGGCCCAACAAGUUUGACGAGGACACGGACUUCUGGAAGGAGGAAGAUGUAGUACCCGACCAGAGCCUGAAGGACUUUGAGGGCGCAACCCUGCGCUAUGCCUCCAUUAACCUUAGCUGCCCACAGUCUGGUGAAGAGGAAAAACUGAACUCUGUCACCACUGACGUGAAGGCCAAGUGUUUUGCGGUACGUUCGUUGGGCUGGGUGGAGAUAUCCGAGGAGGAGAUGGCUCCUGGGAAGAGCAGUGUCGCCGUCAACAACUGCAUCCGCCAGCUGUCCUAUCACAAGCACAACCUGCACGACACAGCUGGCAUCUGGGGAGAGGGAAAGGAUAUGCUGCUGGUUUUGGAGAACGAGACACUGAACUUGAUUGACCCAUUGGACCAGACUCUACUGCACUCGCAGCCCAUCGUCAGCAUCCGUGUGUGGGGCGUGGGCCGAGACAACGGCAGGGAGAGGGACUUUGCCUACGUGGCCCGGGACAAGCUGACGCAUGUGCUCAAGUGCCACGUGUUCCGCUGUGACACUCCAGCGAAAAACAUUGCCACCAGCAUGCAUGACAUCUGUUCCAAGAUCAUGGCUGAGAGGAAGUCAUCCAAAUCAGGUGUGAGCAGACUGAACAUUGAUCCGUCCAAGCUGGUAGACAUUCCUUUUCAAGAGUUUCCUGCACCAAAAAAUGAAUUAGUCCAGCGCUUUCAGGUGCGUUACCUGGGUAAUGUGCCAGUGGCCAAACCUGUAGGUAUGGACACAGUCAAUGCUGCCUUGGAGACGGCGUUGAAUGCCAAAGAGAAGCAGUGGACACCAGUCACCGUAAAUGUGGCCUCAGCUACACUGACCAUCAUCGAUGGAGAGAUGGACAAGGUGCUUUCGGAGUGCCGGGUGCGCUUCCUGAGCUUCAUGGGUGUGGGCAAGGAUGUCCACACCUUUGCCUUCAUCAUGGCCCAGGGCCCCGGCGACUUUGUGUGCCACAUGUUCUGGUGUGAGCCCAAUGCUGCCAGCCUGUCUGAAGCUGUGCAGGCUGCCUGCAUGCUCCGCUACCAGAAGUGUCUGGAUGCCCGGCCCCCCAGCACCAGCUCCUGCCUGCCUGGCCCCCCAACGGACUCGGUUGCGCGCCGUGUCGGCUCCAGCGUCAAGAAAGGUGUCCAGACCCUGCUGGGAUCCUUUAAGAGAUCCGGAGCCCAGACACCCUAAGGAAGGGGGCAGGUUCAAGACCUAAAAAGGGACAUCCCUCCACCCCCAAACCGACCCCACUCAUCAGAUGUAGCUUACCCCUCUCCCUGGCCCUGCCUUCCUCGUCCCUCUCUGUGGGCCAGUAGGCGGAGGUUUAUUUAUUGCCACCUUUCCUUGGGUUGUGUUAAGUGACGUGAAGAGAUGGAGAUGGAUGCGCCUACUUGCAAAAGGCUCGUUUCCACCAACUGUGAAACUUAAAUUGCUUUGUGUUCACAGUGAACCUGUUCAUGGUACAAUUAAUGUAGUGAGUAUGGUAAACAGGAACGAAGCAAACUGUUUGGCCUCAGUACAGAAAAGAGAACUGUUGAGAGGACUGUGUUUUUCUGUCAAUUGUUGUUCACACGCUUUAGUGUUGGUUGUCUCCAUGUGGCCGUGUGCCGCCCUGCUAUAUUCCUGUUUGAUUUCCGAAAUCCCAACAGACAGUGACAAGAGUUGCCAUAAACAAGAGGACCAAGCUGACUUCACCAUUUGUGAGAUGACAUAUAGUACCUUCUCCUGUAAGCCCUGCUGGUAGUUGAUGAGUGGUCGCUUGGUGUCCUGUAUGCCCAUCUGUCUUUUGGGGUAACCCUGCCACCGGCUGCACUGCUGUGUAACUACUGAAACGUGCUGGAGGGAACUGCACCUGGUCCUCAGUGUCUCAUGUUACGGUUAGUGAGCAAGCUGGUCCCUGGCCACUGUGUCCAAAGCAUCCAGCUACUGACCAAGUACUGGCUUCAACAUAACUUAGGCUCACUGUGGCUCGAUAUAUUAAAUUAAUAUUUUUAUGACUAUUUUUUUUAAACAAAUCUCUAGAAUGUAGUCUUCCAAAACAUGACCAGGUGUUACUCCACGCAUCCUACUAGGGCUGAAGUACACCGUGUGCUUGUUCUUGUACAGUUAGCACGAAUGCUUACAGGUUGAGUUCUUGCACGCAAUAACUUUGUGCGCGCACACACAUACACACACGAGUGUGUGCGCGUGUUUGUAUGUGUGUGUUGUAGAGGGCAUUCUGGGUUUUCUUUGGCCUGCCCUGGUUCUUCACUGUGUAGUUCUUGGCAGGUUAAAGACUCAUUUCACAUAGACCUGGUGCUUCCAAUGCCAUAAAAGCCCAAUAUGGGAGUGGUUCACUGGCCUUUUCCUGCCCCUCCGACAAGGUGUAUGAAUAAGAAACUUCAGUCUUUACUCUUUUCAUAUAUGUACAUUAGCUAUAGUUUGCAUAUUGUCACAUUUUGCCACAGGUGCUUUUCAAACUUUGUUUUUUCAGUGUCAGACACUACUGGUAAAUAUGCUUGUAGAAAGUCUUAAAGACCGAUCUGUGUCCACCAGAAGGACAUCUGUAGAGCCGUACAGAGCUGUACAUGACGGAGUGUUGCUUGUCACAGUCCACUUCGUCACUCUUUCUGUGCCACCGUGUCUGUCGCUCCUCCUGCCCUUCACUUCUUUUGGCUUUUUUUGUGUUCCUCUAGCAGUUGGUGUUGAUGAACAUGGAUUGCCUUUAAGACACUAAGCCUCCUUUUCUGUUUAUCUCUGUUAUUUAUUUAUUUAUAGUUUUAUUUAUGCAUGUUAUUGGUAUACAUAUCACUGUGUGACCUCCCCUUUGCCCACCCCUGCCAUAUUAUGAAUGCUUUAGUGACUGAACACAGCAUAAACAAACACUUUCAGCUGAAUUUUUCUGAUGGGGUGAUAGUGAGAAAGUGCCAUUAGGGACAUAUUUUUGGUUUUAUGUAGCCAAACCCCAGAUUUUAUCCCUAUAUCUAGCCUUAAAAUUGUAAACUUAAAACCCCUGGCACUUUGUGAGUCUUGCAGUUCAAAUGGAUUUGAAUCAGUGUCCAAAUAUUGUUCCACAUUUCAGCAGCAGUGUAGCCUUUCUGGCACUGAUUUUACAGAUUUUUUUUUUUUUGGGUCUAUCUGUAUGGUAAAAUGAGUGGUCCCAUCAACGAUGCCCUGUGCACUUGAACACUGACAACUUCUGGUCUAUUAAGAUCGUUCAGAACACCUGUCAGGGAUUAGAAUUGAUCUUGACAUAGGAGUUGCUUGUAAGCACAAGUUCAAAACCAGAUCUCUGAUAAAGAUUUUAGUGAAAUCUUAUCAACUACAAAUUAAAAAAAAUUAACCUGGCUGCAGGCCAUCUCAGACCGGACCCACAACUGUAAAGUGAGGGGUGAAGUGCUCUCUCUGGCCACAGUCCAAUUCACUGAUGCCCUAAUUGUUUGUUUUGAACUGAGCAAAAUAGGUGUCAGUGUUUGGAAUGCACGAAUGCCGACCUUUGGUUCAUUUAAACCAAAAACAUUCUGAGCGCUCAUUACUUUUUUGAGAAGCUCAGAAAGAAUGCAGUUUACGUUUAUGUAUGAUCGUAAUGAGUGAACCUCAUAUAACAGCUUUGUAAAUGGGUUCAGGAAUUGUUCUGGUAAAUAUAAUGCUUGAUCAUGAGUAAAUGUACAGGAUAACCGUAACUAGGUAAGUCCUGAUAAAGAAACUAAUGUAUGUGCUGCAGUUUUUCACCAAUAUGUUGAUGGUGGUCAUCUUAACCUGCUGAUGAUUGCUGGGUGCUUUGGCUUUACCUUGCAACAGACCUGCUGACCCUGGUCUGGUGAGACCGCGUACUUGGGAAAGUGCACUGCAUGCAUUACGUUUAAGGCUGAUCAGUAGGAGGUACAUGACAACUGGAGGGAAUUUAAAUCCCGGUUUUCCUUUGAUAACAUCCUUUACCCCUGUGCGUGUCUUUUUUUUUUUUUUUUGUUUUUCUCCCCCCUGGAACUGGCUCCACACUACAGUGAAACUACUAACAAUAUGUGUGUGUGUGUUUGUUCACAAUAUUAAUGUAUUUAUGAGAUAAUGUUUAGGAACUGGACAUUUUUAACGUAUGGCUGUAGAAAUCUAGGUCAUUGUGAUGCUUAAGUGAGUUUUUAAAAUAUUUUUUCAUGUGACUAAGUUCUAUAGUAAAUUUUGUUCAUUAAUAUAAACUGAGUUAAAAGCUGUAAUGCAAGAAAUUAUUUUAAGGG